UCAUUCUUUUUAUUUUUUUAAAAUAUGGUAAUGAACUUGACCAAGCUCACCUUCGUGAUUGUCACGAAAUAUAAUUAUGCAAGUGACGUCUAUGAGAAUGAAUAGUGUAUAUGAGUGGGAGUAAAUAAUGCAUUUUUAAGGCGGAACGAUUUCGCUUCUUGAGCUAGCAUCACAACUCUUUUCAACAGCUUCACGAGAGGUUAGGGCUGCUUUCGUUGGUCUGCAGCUCUUAAAAGCAAUGGAUGCUCCAACUAACUGCAUCCAGCACCAAUGCUCAAACCUGUACGCAGGUGGGGCUGCAACAAUACUUUUCACCGGUUUCGUGAACGCAGUACUGAACGCCCAGUGCAAUUUGGGCAACCCAGCGCAGUAUCCGAAGGACGUCAGUGACGCACAACUGUUAUCAGAGUACGACUUCAUUGUGAUUGGCGCCGGCAGUGCCGGGUCGGUGGUGGCCAGCAGACUUUCCGAAGUGGAAAAAUGGAACGUGCUGCUGCUGGAAGCGGGAGACGACCCUGGGGUUCUCACGGAAAUACCAGCACUGACGUUCAGCCUGCAGCACGGCCAAGAAGAUUGGGAACUGUGGGCUGAGGCCGACGGAAAAUCGUGUCUGGGCAUGCAGAAUGGUCAGUGUUACAUACCACGCGGAAAAGCUCUUGGUGGAUCGUCAUCGAUCAACGCGCUGUUUUAUGUUAGGGGCAACAAGCAUGACUUUGACGACUGGGAAAAAAUGGGAAACAAAGAUUGGGGCUACGAGCAAGUGCUGAAAUAUUUUAAAAAGUCCGAGGAUGGCGAGGUGGAGGACGAAUUUCACGCCACUGGAGGUUUACUCAGCGUGAAACAGUAUCCAGGAGAGCAGUUGGAGAUAAUACCUCACUUUUUCCAGGCAGCAAAGGAAAUGGGCUACGAGCAGGUUGACCUGAACAGCGCCACUCCCGUGGGCUACGACAGGGUGCCAUCGACACAUAUAAAUGGCGAAAGGCUUAACACAGCGAAAGCCUUUCUCGCUCCCGCCAAGGACAGAGAAAACUUGCACGUAUCCAAGAAAUCACAUGUUACUAAACUGCGUAUCAAAAACGGCAGAGUGGUCGGCGUAGAGUUUGAAAAGGCAGGCAGCUCUUACUUUGUAGCCGCCAGUAAAGAAGUUGUUUUGUCCGCCGGUACGAUCCACUCUCCGCAGAUAUUGAUGCUUUCAGGAAUCGGACCAAACAAGCAUCUAAAAAAUUUUGGAAUUGCUGUUCACGCCGACCUGCCAGUUGGGAAAAAUCUGCAAGAUCACUUCAUGUAUCAAGGCACCCAUUUAAUACUGAAGAACAUUAAUGCUAAAAUAGACUUUCAAGCCAAGCUGCGGGAUGACCUGUACCAAUUCCUCUUCUAUCGCAGAGGCGACUUGGCAUCGCUAGGAACAAGUGAUUUUACGGGAUUUAUUAACACGCCUUUGAAUGAAAACAAAAAGAGGCCGGACAUCGAGAUUCACCAUGUGCUGGUGCCCCAAGACUACCACGUCAUGACGCCCAUGUGGCUGGACUCACAGUGGUACAAUAACGAGACUUACGAGCAUUUCAAACAUCUUAAUAAAAAAGGCCCAACUCUGAUGCUCCUGGCAACGCUGCUUCGCCCAAAAAGCGUUGGCGAAAUCAAACUAAGGUCUACAAAUGCGUUUGAUCCCCCCAUUAUCAACGCAAACUUCUUGGACCACGAAGACGACGUCAAAACGAUGAUAGAAGCCAUUAAAUACAUGAAGAAAUUCGCCGAGACGCCGGCCAUGCAGACACUUGGCACGGAAUUCGAGGACGACUACAAGCCGUGCAGCCGCAAGCACGAAAUCGGCAGUGACGAGUAUUACGAGUGUUGUUUGCGCCACAUUGGAGCCACCCUAUACCACCCUGUAGGGACGUGCAAAAUGGGGCCUGACCCCAAAAAUUCAGUCGUCGACCCUGAGCUGAAGGUGCGCGGAAUUAAAGGGCUGCGAGUGGUCGACGCGUCCAUUAUGCCGAAAAUCGUUUCGGCCAACACUAACGCGGCUGCGAUUAUGAUUGGCGAGAGAGGAGCUGAUUUUAUUAAAAAAGACUGGCUUUGCCUCAAAAUAGAAGAAAAUAUCACAGCUGGUAUGCGAGUACAUUUUUUGUAAUCUUCACUUAUAUCGCAGUUUUUUACGAGCUUUCAAUUUUUAAUCAAACAUAAAGAGUGAUUUUCCUAAAAAGUCUAACUAUUUUAUAAUAUUCGCUUACGUAUUUGAAAAUUUCGAUAAUUACUUGCUUAGAGUUUUAAGCCCUCGACAGUACAGCUCUAAUUAUUUUUUAACGUAUUCCUUUUCUAUUUCCAUGUAUUGGCGUAAUAAAAAUCCUGCAAAUUUUUAAAAUAUGUAGUUUGUCUAGUCGCUUGCAAUAUGAGAACAGAACUAUGUAUCAAAAUAUAAGUAUUAAAUCGCAGAGAGAAAAUCAAUCCGA